GGCACCCCACCCCACCGAAGGACGGAUGGACGGACGGACCGGCGCCCCGGCUGCGUAGAGGCAGUCACGACGCUUCGGAAACGGCUGCUCUGGCGGCGGCAGCGCGUUGAAGAGCGGGCUUGGCCGGCCGCUGGGAUGCAGGGGAGAGAGGGGCAGCCCCGUCCUGCUCCGAUCCAGCACUGACAUAAAUUAUUGACCAGAAAAUGGCCCAGCGAAGCCCAAUCUUCCCAACUCUUGCCCCUUCUGAAAGACGGGUUCGAAACAUACCGCUGCACAGCCAGGUAUUGACAGCGGUCCCAUUGGCAUCGGCAAGCCUGGUGGAUCAGCUGGAAGACAGAAUCCUAAGCCAUGAGAAAACAACGGCAGCUCUUGUGGAACAUGCUUUUCGCAUUAAGGAGGACAUUGUUUCCACUCUGCACAGAAUGCAGAACAAAGGGGGGGGCGACCGGUUGGCUAGGCAACUCUUGGAAGAACACAUCCGAAACAUAACGGCAAUAGUGAGGCAGCUUAAUCGGGACAUUGAGAUGCUGCAGGAACAGAUACGUGUCAGAGACAAUCUCAGCUAUGGAACAAAUUCUACCCUGAAGAGUCUGGAAAUGCGGCAGCUUUCUGGUUUAGGAGAUCUUCGGGGAAGAGUUGCAAGGUGUGAUGCUGGGUUAGCCAGACUGUCUGCAGAGCAUAAAAUUACCUAUGAAAGACUUCAGAGCCUAAGUAAAGACCAACACACCUCCAAGCUAAUCUUAGAAUCUAAAAUCAAAGAGGCAGAAAUACAGAUUUCUCAUCUUCUGAGCAGAGUAGAGCAAUCAAUAAUGCAACAAGAAGCAAAGCUGAAGAUUGCCUACAAAGAGAGCAAUCAACAGCUCCACCUUCUGGAUAUAAAAUUAAAAAAUGCUAUGGAGGAACUCAGCAGCCAGAUUUUGUCCACACGUAGCUGGUUGGAACAGGAACAUGAAAGGAUUGAAAAAGAGCUUGUACAAAAAAUUGACCAACUCUCAUUGACUUUCAAGGAAAAGACUGAAAUGAGUGAAAGAGCUAUAGAGAUGAAAUUCAACCAAAUGGCAGAGAAAAUUGACAAAAUAGAAGAAAUACAGAAGAUAACCAUGGAAGUACAUGAAGCAAAACAGACUGAAGAAAAGAUAAAUAUUCACAUUGGCAAACUUCAAAAUGAGAUUAAUGAAGAUAUGAAAGAAAUGAAAGCUGAAGUUAAUGCUGGAUUUGCAGCUAUCUAUGAGAGCAUUGGGUCUCUACGGCAAGUUCUAGAAGCAAAAAUGAAACUGGACAGAGAUGAACUACAGAAGCAGAUCAACCAAAUGAAGCAGGAGGUUCCAACAUGGGGUGAGGCUGGACCAUGACUGCAAGAUUUUGUGUGAGAGAUUAAUGUUUACCUGGCUAAACAGGCAGACUAUAAUCUUGUUCCAGUCUGUAACCCAAAUAAUGCAUGUACCAAAUGACAUGCUGCUGUUGUACAGGUCCGUACAUUUACUCGAAUUGGUAAAUGCAAGCUCUUCGUAGAUCAACUGAUGACAAGCUUUUAUGGGCUGAGGUGCUGAUUUGCCACUGCACUACUCUAGUUACUCUCAGGAGAUUAACCAUGGUGUAAGACUGGAGUAAUAUAUUGGUGAAGCUGGCACCUAGUUUGCUAAAGGCAUUUCAGUGCUCCCCAGUUUCAAAGGCUUGAUCAGGCACAUACAUACUUUCAUUUAUAUAUAAGCACCUGCACACACACCCCUCCCCUGCUUUUUUAAAGGAAAACAGUUCAUAUCAUUUGUUUACUAUAAUUUUGGCAAGGUUCUCCACCUUGAUACAAAUUACUUAAGUUAAUGGACAUUUUUACAGUGACUUCCUCUACUAUUGACUUCCUGGGGAGACAGAAUUGGCACUAAACAGACCAGUUUUCAAAAUCUAGAUACCACCAGAAAAAUCUUUGUUUAGUUUUGCUAAUAUCCUCUCUGUGUUCGUGUGUAAAACUAAGUAGUGUUAUAUAAUGUAGUUUAGACUAAAAUGAUUCAUGAACACCAUAAGAAACUACUUGUGGUCUUAAGUAUUGUGACCUUUUAAAAUCAAUAACCUAGUGGAGCUGAGACAAGGUAAAAGAUGUAUAUAGAGUAUUUUAUAACUGGGCAUGUGUUCCUGUGACUUGCUUCAUUAUAUUGGUAAAAACUUUGAAAUGUUUGAAAACAAGAGACAGUGAUAAUCUAACACAGUCUGGAGAAUGGAAUUUAAAAGAAAAUGCAGUUUAUGAUCUGCUUAGAAAUUUGUACUGAAAUAAAAAAACCCUGAUUCUUCAAAUUUAAGUAGACUUUAGUAACUCAGUAGAUUCGAAUUGGUAAUUCCAUUCACAGCAUUUCCAAAUAAUAAUGGUGCUUAUUUCCAUUCCCAGAAUGGAUUAUGUAAUGAAAAUCAGCACCCAUAUGGCAUAUUAAGCUAGACAGGGAAAAAAACCCCUUGAUUUUAUAUCUUCAUUCAUAGCUUGAUACUGCUCCUCAUGUUUGUAAGUCAUGCAGGAUUAAGCACUCAUGACUUCAUCCAGGAUCCUAUUAAUUUAUACUAUUAACAGUAAUAUAAAAAAAUACUAUUAAUUUACACAAGCAUUACUGUUAACGCAAAUGAAUUAAUAGGAUGUCUCUCCACUGUCUUUAAUGGACCUUCCUUUCAGUCAGUAUUGCAAAACCAUGUUCCUAUUUGGAAAGUCAUUGGCCAAUUUUCCAUCACUUCCAUUAAAGGUUUGGCCCACAGAGUCACCACUUUUUAAAAAAAGAAAAAAAAUUCCUCCAAAAAACUUAAGCUCAUUAACUUCAGUAAGACAGUGUAGUGUGUAAAAAAUCAAGAAAAAGCAUACAUCUUUAUGGGGUUAGCACCUAAGUUUAUAUUCACUUCCUAUAUAGUUGAAAGUAAUUUAAUGUAUCAAAAAUAUGUGAAGUUUUUGCAACUCUGGCUUCCAAUGCUCUCUGAUAACAAAACUGCCUCUGCUAUUCCCGUUUUGUAUCAUCCAUGUGCUGUGAAAUAUAUUUACACUGGCAGCUAAGGGGAAAGCUCAGUUCACUAAAGGGGAGACAAUGAAAUACUUGCAGAUAUUUCUUAAGAAUUGUCUUAAAAGUUCACUCUUCAUGUCUGUAUUCUUACCUAUUCUUAAAUACUUAUCCAUGUGCAGUGGAAAAGCUAUCACUGGUGUUUUAUUAAAAAAAAAAAGAAGCACAAAGAGAAAAGCAAAAAGAUAUGGAAAAAAAUCUAACAAUUUUUUUCUGUUGUAAUUGUAAAUCUGUACCUGACAUAAUCUGGUAUGAUAUGAAGAGCAUACAAGGAAUCAGAGAAACAAUUUAUAUAGGACUUUAAUAAAAUGUUUCUCUUGUAAAAAUCUUGUGUGAUUCAUACAGAUAUAAACCAAUGCAUAAAACUCUAUCCAAUUUUACUGUUUUGAAAAUAUUUUUUCCUAAAACUGAAAGCCCAAAUAAACCAAUAU